GCUCUCACAGUGAGCCGCAUCAGAGAGGAGGACAUGGAGCCGGAGCAGCCGCCGCCGCCCGCGCAGCCGCGCGCCGCGCAGCUGGCCGCCCCGGUAAGCCCGCCGCGCAUCGCUGACGCCACACCGGCCAGAAUUGAGCCUGCGCCCCCGCAGCCGAGCGCUGCAGCUGCGGCGGUCAGCCGGCCGCCCAGCACGCAGGAAGCCCCAGCGGCUGCCACUGCCAAACAGACGGCACCGGUGUUGGCGGCUGCGGCGCCGGUGCCCGCUGCGGUGGAGGUGCCGGCUGUAACCGAGGUGGCGCAUGCGACGGGCAAUGGCGUGAGCAAGGCGCAGGAGGGCGCUGCCCCGGUGGCUGUCACCAGUCGCGUGCUGCGUCUUGCAAAUAUGGUGACGCGUGAGGAACUGUUGGAUCCAGAGGAGUACAGUGACAUUGUGGAUGACAUCACCUCGGAGCUGGAGAGCAAGUAUGGCACCCUGUCAAGCCUGGUCAUCCCCCAGCCAUCUCAGAAGGGCCCUGCCAGCGACCCCUCUGGCGUCGGCCUCGUCUUUGUGCAGUUUCCCAAACUCAGCGAUGCGGUAAAGGCUCAAGAGAAGCUGAACGGGCGUAAGUUUGGCGCGGGCAAUAUUCACUCAGAGUUCUUUGAUGAAGGAUUGUUCCAGCGCAAGCAUUUUUGAGUUGGGGCUCUCAUGGCUACCUUGGCAUAAUAAGCGUCUUUCAUACUUCUUUUAAAGAAGCCGGUGCUUUGCUUGAUCUUUUUGCAUGUGGAGACAGGCGCAUGCGCAUGUGCUAGCAAGUCCAAGUCCUGAGCUUCCACAACCGUGCUGAGCUUUGAGUCCUGCCAUGUGGCGGGCGCAUGGCAGGUUUUGUUACGGUUGCAAUGUAAGAGGGCCAAUUCUC